UUUGGCAAUUGAAGCAGCACGUAACUUGCAAAUAGUCCAUUACGUCGACCGCCUGCCAACCAAUAAACAGGCGCUCCUUUUAGUGGUAGUUCAGACAUGGCGGAUUCCGCGCGGAUGCAAAUCGCGCGGUUCUAAACGCAAGUGUUCAGACAGGCGCGGAUGUACAUGCGGAAUGCCGUUAUUCGCAUAGGGUGACAGUCCAAUCAUGGAAGUCGAAGAAGCAAUAUGUGUGUACUUGUUGCUCCGUAAAAAAGAAAGAAAGAAGAAACGGCAGUAUUGGGUGCAUCCAAUAUUACGCGAUCGGUUUACUCAUGGUCAGUUUCAGACUUUAUAUCCAAAAUUAAGAAGUUUUGAACCAAAAUUCUUCAAUUAUUUGAGAAUGUCGAUAAAUUCAUUUGAUGAAUUAUUAGAAAUGAUGAGUAAACAAAUUGAAUCUAAUGAUACCCAUAUGAGGUCAAGCGUGUCCCCAGAAGAAAAACUCGUGAUCACAUUAAGAUAUCUGGGUACUGGUUGUUCCUUUGGAGAACUACAUUACAACUUUCGUCUUGGCAAAUCUACAAUCACAGGAAUUGUCCGUGAAGUAUGUGAAGCUCUGUGGGAAAAAGUCACAAAAAACGUCAUGCCUGAACCCAGCGAAGAUAUAUGGAAGAAAAUAGCUAAAGAUUUUGAAAAAUAUGCAAAUUUUCCCAAUUGCAUAGGCGCCAUAGAUGGCAAGCAUAUAAGGAUUACAAAACCCAAAGAUUCGGGUUCUUUGUAUUAUAAUUACAAAACUUUUUUUUCCAUAGUACUGUUGGCACUUUGUGAUAGUAACUAUUGUUUUACUUUCAUAGAUAUCGGAUCUUACGGAAAAAGUAGUGAUUCUGCAAUUUUUAAAAAUUCAGCAUUUUAUAAAAGGUUAAUAGAAAAGUCAUUACACAUACCAAAACCUAAACCAAUAUCUGAAACAGAUCCUAAACCAUUGCCAUACGUCAUAGUUGGCGAUGAAGCGUUUGGUUUAUCCGAAAAUGUAAUGCGACCCUAUGCAGGUAAAGGGCUAUCAUACGAAAAAAAAUAUUUAAUUACAGGUUAUCAAGAGCUCGACGUUUUAUUGAAUGCACUUUUGGAAUUCUGGCAAACAAGUGGCGCAUUUUUCAUAGGCCUAUAAACGUGAAUAUAGACUUUGCCGAAGACAUAAUAAAGGCCUGUUGCGUGCUACACAAUUUUGUUAGAACUAGAGAUGGUAUACAGUAUGAAGAUACUUUACAUACUGCGCCAAUGAGUAAUCUUAUUACAUUACAUGCAGGAAGGGGUACACCAUCAUCAUUAAACAUUAGAGACAAAUAUGCUAAUUACUUUGUGAAUGAGGGUCGUGUAGAAUGGCAAGACACGAAAAUAUGAAAUUAAAAUUGUUACAGUUCGCGCCAAAUAACUAAACUCAAGAUGGCGCGUCGCGUUGGUGGGUUGUACAUAUUACAGUUAAUAGCUAUACGUUACUGUGGUAACGUGAUAGUUUUCCCGCGCUCGUUACGUACCGCCAAACAACGUUAUACACAUUUCAGUUAUUUGGGGUGGGCUGUCUAUUACAAAACAUGUAAACUACCCUGGUAAAAUGUAUAAUUAAAUGUCUACUGACCAAAAAAA